GCCGGACAGCCCCGCCUCGAUGCCCUCCUCCCCAAGGCCACAGCCCUUGUCCAACUUUCCCCGCACCCGAAAGCCACAGUCUCAUCGAUCGCUGACGCCGAGGCUGGCGACGAGGGUGACUGCGAAGCGGCCGGCGUCGGCGGCGCCGUGGUACAGCGCGUCACCGGCCUGGCGCAUCGGUUCCAGGCGCUGGUGUCUCAGGCGGCCCGGCGUCUGCAGGCCGCCAGCGCCAGUUGCCAGGCGGCCGAGCGGCUCGAGACAGCGCUGACCGACUGUGCCGAGUGGGCGGGCCAGACUGGCGCCGAGCUGGGCGAGCUGACGCGUCGGACGCGUCUGCACGCGGGCGUUGCGGCUGACGCGUCGGCUGAACAGGCGGUCGACUACAGCGCUCUGCACUCGGUGCUGGCCGGCGCCAACGAGCUGGCCGGCCGCCUGGCCUCGGGCCAGCUGUUGCUCGAGGCGGCGCUCGGCUGGGCGGGCUGUCUGUUGCGCGGCCUGGCCGAUGAACUCGAAACGCCGAUCGAUGUCGACGCUGACCGACUGGCUGGCCAGGCGCUGGAGGCGCGCGCUGGCCUCGCCGGCGAGCUGGCCCGCCUGAAGGACUGGCUUGACGCGGAAGUGACGCGAUUGGCCCGUUUUCACGAGCAGCACGAUCGAUUGGCCCAAUGGUUGACCGAGUCCGAGUCGCGUCUUCGCCUCGGCCUCACCCACGUCUGGCAGGAGGUGGCCGAUUCGGAGACUGUCACUUGUCGUCGCGAUUGUGCCCGCCAGACGCAGCUGGAUGCGCUUGACGCCCGCCUCGUCGAAACGGUCGACCUGCUGGCGCAUCUUCGCACCGACGCGGUUCGACGGGAAGCCGAGCUCCGACGUCUGCAGGCGCAUGUCGAGGCGAUGGGGCGCGAUGCGAGUUGCCUGGCGAAAAGCGACCAGCUCGCACUUCGCUACACCGGCCUCGUUCGAUCGCUGCACCGACAUCACGACCGUCUUGACGAGCGUCGGCUCGACUUGGCCGCCUUUCGUCAGGCCGAGAUGUCAGCUCGUCAAUGCCUGACGAGCCUGCGUGAUCGAAUCGAACAGGCCAUCGGCAUUUCCGCCGCCGCCGCUUUUCUGGCGCCAGCGGAAGCGGCAGAUGCGACGCAUGUGCCGCAGGAGGGCGAGGACGAAACGGCAACGAGUGACAUGAUUGCGCAACCCGACGUCAGCUCGCUGGUUGCCAAGGCCUCGGUCACGCUGCCCGAGGCGCAGCGUAGACUGGGUCUACUGUCGCGUGUCGGGGACGACUUGACGGAGACCGGCAACCAACUUGUCGCUAAGGUCGUCGAGAGUGCCGAGAAGAUACUUUUCUGCCUCGAAUUCGACGCCACUCGCCCUCCAGUCGUGCCGACGGAAUUCGUCUCUGACGCCGAGACGAAGGCGCCCACGGGGCGAGACCAGUUGCGCCCGGCUGCAGACGGCAGCAUCGGCAUGGCA